AUGGCUAAAUCGACUGCCAACAGGAAAACUAUUGUCUCCAAUGCUGCUCGCGACCUCGUCAGAGCACUGGAAAAGCGCGGCUUCACAUGUAUACUUGUCCAAGAUAUGGCGGCCUUUCUUCAAGGAAGUAAAGUUGUCCCUAAAGACGUUAAACUAGUGGUUCUACCCCAGUCUGUGGGGAUCCCCGUCAACAACCAGCUGGGACGAGACCUUGUCGAGCAGCAACCCUCCAAGUUUCGGGUCCGUCAGCGAAAGAACAAAUCCGACGUUUUGUCAUAUUAUGACUCUUCGAUCGCACCUCCUAAAAAAACAUUCUGUGAUUUCGAGCUCAUCUCCGUUAAAUAUCCCCCACCGCCAGAGUAUCGCCCGGAGCUUACUAGCCGAGUCGAUGGCCUACCGGUUCUUUCUUUGCUUGCCAUAGUCGUCGACAAAGUCAACGAACUGUUGGAGCAGUACGACGCAUCGUCCAACAAGAGCGACUUCAUUCAACGACCACCGAGGAAACUUUGCCAGACGAUCCGAACAUUAUUGCCGACAUCGGGCCAUUCGAUCUGCACUCCUACCGACAAGUCAUUCCGACUAGAAGCUCUGGAUUGUUUUAUACGAGCUUCUGCCCUAUUCCCGGAGUUUUCGUCCGGGCUAACAACAUUGAUCCGGGCUUGCCAAAACAUGAAGACCAUUCGGCUGUCACGCCCCGACGGCUUUCCUGUUCUCGACGUUGCCCAUUUCUUUCGGGGUAUUGACCUAGCCUUUGAGAGCCGUCGAGAACUCGCCUUGCCGGUUAGCAGCAUGGAAGUGGCCUCCCCUGUCUCCACGGCAAGCUCAUUAGAGCCAUCAGAGAAAGCAUUUUCGCUUCCAGAUUCUGAUGCCACCGCUGUAGAUGAAAUCAAGACCGAAGCUCAAUAUAGAACCGAGGUCACCUGCCUAGUGGCGAAGAAGGUGGUCGAUAUCCUCCAAAAUAUUGGAGUUGAGACAGCUUUGUUCGGCAGUUUGGCGUGUCAUUUGUACGGCAAUGAAAGGGCUCCGAACGACAUCGACAUCAUUACGUUCCCGCCGCCUGGACGAUUGAUGACCGCAGAAUGGCUGAAGCAGGCGAUCUACAACGGUGACCCCGAGAAUUUUAUCUUAGAGUAUGGGAAGAACCCCAACAUCGCAUAUCGCGUCCUCUAUUAUCGUGUCUCCGAUGACUUGGCUCCUUCAAACACCUUUCAUAAAGAUAAAUGCAAGGUCGACGUCCUCCUUCCAGGCACCAUGAACCUUCCAUUCCUACCUUCCUACAACAUUAAAUGGAGGCAAGGCCUUCCCGUGGUUCCUUUCUCACUCCUCCUUCUCCAGAAGCUUCAGGGCUGGGAUGACCAUCGACGAAUGCCUGAGCCUUAUAAAUUUGAAAAGCACAAAGUUGAUGCCUCGGACGUUCAGAGCUUGCUCCAGCUUGAGCACGCUGUUCCUCUUCGGUUCUCGAAACCUUGGACUAAUCGUAACUUGUUCAACGAGGAUUUCUACGAUCUUUCGUUGAAAAGAAUCAAAGAAUUCUCAGCCAUAUACCCUGCUUGCGCUGAUGGGUGGGCCCGCCUUGGCUUCACCGUCUAG